GUGGCCAGCCACCAGCAGCUGUCCGACGUGCUCCAAAACUUCCUCAUGGACUACAACCAGAUGGCGAAGCGGCAGAUGGAGCUGGUGCUGUUCCUGUCGGCCGUCGAGCACGUGUGCCGGAUCGUGCGGGUGCUGAAGACGCCCCUGGGCAACGCGCUGCUCGUGGGGGUGGGCGGCAGCGGGCGCAAGAGCCUGGCGACGCUGGCCACCUUCGUGGCGGACUACGAGUCCCUCCGCAUCGAGAUCUCGAAGAGCUACGGGAGCGCCUGGGCGGCCAGAGCCAGCCAGCCGGGCACCUGCCCUGCUUUGCCGGCCCUUGGAGCUCCGAGACGGCCCCAGGGCGCUGCAGCCGGCCCAGGACGCCUCCAGGAGGCGCCUGGAUGA